CUCUAGCAAUUAAAAAUGGAACAAGGGAGGGACACCGAGUCGGAGCUGGUGUCUGUCGCUCGCCGGAGUCGCACUCCACACACCAAGCUGGCAGCACAUGGAGCCGAGGACUCGCGCGGAGGCAGAAUGCAUCCGACCGGCGAGAUCUGCGAGUGUUCCUCUGAAAGUGGCGAGGAAGGGAAGAACAUCGAGGAGAAAAUUUUAGGUGACAUGAACAUUGCAUCUCUCGUGGGAGGUGAAGAGGUCUGCGGAGAUACAGAUAAUGGUGACCUUUCUUAUGUGUCUGCAUUCAUAGAAAAGGAAGUUGGAAAUGACCUUAAAUCUUUAAAAAAACUUGAUAAACUCAUAGAACAAAUGACAGAAAGUAAAAUGCAGUUAGAAGAACACCAUUUGCUGACUGCACAGCCUUGGAUGGAUGAUCUCGGGGCCAUGAUUAACCAAAUUGAAGAGAUUGAACGGCAUCUCGCUUACCUUAAAUGGAUUUCGCAAAUUGAAGAACUAAGUGAUAACAUUCAACAAUAUCUGAUGACCAAUAAUGUGCCAGAGGCAGCCUCUAUCCUGGUGGCUAUGACAGAACUUGACAUUAAACUUCAGGAAUCAUCCUGUACUCAUCUUCUCAGUUUCAUGAGAGCCACAGUUAAAUUCUGGCAAAAAAUUCUCAAGGACAAGCUUACAAGCGAUUUUGAGGAAGUUUUAGCACAGAUUCCUUGGCCAUUCAUUGUGCCCCCUCAAUCUCAAACUGUUGGCUUAAACUGACCCACCAGUGCCCCUGAGAUAUACAGUAACCUGGAGACAUUGUUUUGUCAGUUAUUGAAACUGCAAACCUCAGAUGAAUUACUUACUGAGCCAAAAGAACUCCCAGAAAAAUAUUCUCUUCCACCUUCCCCUUCUGUCAUCCUGCCCAUCCAGAUUAUGCUGACUCCCCUUCAAAAGAGGUUCAGGUAUCACUUCAGAGGCAACCGACAGACUAAUGUUAUAAGCAAGCCGGAAUGGUACUUGGCUCAGGUACUUAUGUGGAUUGGAAACCAUACUCAAUUUCUGGAUGAGAAGAUUCAGCCAAUAUUAGACAAUGCGGGCUCUGCAGUAAAUGCCAGGCUUGAAUUUUCUCGGGGUCUCAUAAUGCUGGUUCUUGAGAAGUUAGCUUCAGAUAUUCCUUGUCUGCUCUAUGAUGACAAUCUCUUCUGUCAUUUGGUGGAUGAGGUGCUGUUGUUUGAAAGGGAGCUACACAAUGUUCACUACUAUCCUAGCACUUUUGCUAAUUGUAUGCAUAUUCUAUCAGAGGAAACCUGUUUUCAGAGAUGGUUGACUGUGGAGAGAAAAUUUGCUCUUCAAAAAAUGGACUCAAUGCUUUCAUCAGAAGCUGUCUGGGUAUCCCAAUAUAAGGAUAUCACUGAUGUAGAUGAAAUGAAAGUUCCAGACUGUGCAGAAACUUUUAUGACUCUACUCUUGGUUAUAACUGACAGGUAUAAAAAUCUCCCCACAGCUUCCCGAAAGCUGCAGUUCCUGGAGUUACAGAAGGAUUUAGUAGAUGAUUUUAGGAUACGAUUAACUCAGGUGAUGAAAGAAGAGACUAGAGCCUCCCUUGGCUUUCAAUACUGUGCAAUUCUUAAUGCUGUGAACUACAUCUCAACAGUACUAGCAGACUGGGCUGACAAUGUUUUCUUUCUACAACUUCAGCAGGCAGCCCUAGAGGUUUUUGCAGAGAAUAAUACCCUCAGUAAAUUGCAGCUGGGACAACUAGCCUCUAUGGAGAGUUCUGUCUUUGACGACAUGAUUAACCUCUUAGAGCGUUUAAAGCAUGAUAUGUUGACCCGUCAAGUAGACCAUGUUUUUAGAGAAGUUAAAGAUGCUGCAAAAUUUUAUAAGAAAGAAAGAUGGUUAUUCUUGCCAUCUCAAUCAGAACAGGCAGUAAUGUCCCUAUCCAGUUCAGCCUGCCCAUUAUUGCUUACAUUACGAGACCGUUUACUUCAACUGGAACAGCAGCUUUGUUUCUCCUUAUUUAAAAUUUUCUGGCAAAUGCUUGUGGAAAAGCUGGAUGUAUACAUAUAUCAAGAAAUAAUUCUUGCUAAUCACUUCAAUGAAGGAGGAGCAGCCCAGUUGCAGUUUGAUAUGACUCGGAACCUUUUCCCUUUGUUUUCUCAUUAUUGCAAAAGACCAGAAAAUUAUUUUAAACAUGUAAAAGAAGCCUGUAUUGUUUUGAAUUUGAACAUUGGUUCUGCAUUACUUCUGAAAGAUGUACUGCAAUCAGCUUCAGGGCAGCUUACUGCCACAGCAGCUUUAAAUGAAGUUGGAAUUUACAAACUGGCUCAACAAGAUGUUGAAAUUCUACUUAAUUUGAGGACAAACUGGCCUAACACUGGAAAAUAAUCCAUCUUUCAGAAAAAGUUGUGGGUUUUUUUUUUUAAACAAAAAGGAAGGCAGUUGGAUUUAAAGUUAUGAAGAUGUUCUGAAUUAAUGAAACUGGACAAAUGACAACUUUACUGAAUCAUUUAUUAUCUUGAAUUCAUGGUAUUACCAAAAUGAUGACCAUAUUUCCCGAGUCCUCUUGUUCCUAAGAAAACCAAAAACAGAAAACUGUGGAAACUCAGAAUAAUUCCAUUUACAAAUAUAAAUGCUGAAUAUAUAUGUUGAAUAAAAUACAAAAGCAAAGAAAUUAUAACUUUCAACUUCCUGUGCUAAAGGAAACUUUUGUGGAUAAUCAAACAUAGCCAAUAAAUUUUUUUAAAGUCA